AAGGAAAGACUAGAGAGAGAGAGAGACGGUAGAGACCUCGGGAGGCUUUGGGAAAACGAGGACGCGCGCUCGUGUUGCUCCUACCCUCCUCUGCACUCAUUGACGUCGCAGCUCCAGCCCCGUGAGCGACGACGACGGCACUGCCCCCCACUCCCGACGCCUGCUCCUCACCGGCGCCGCCUUCUUUCUUCCGACGAGCUGCUUUGCUGUCCAAGCCGCGACGACCACCUACGACGGCACUGCCCUCUCCUCCCGCCGAACCUAUCUGAUGUCAUUCCCCUCUCUCCCAAAAAAUAAAAUAUAAAAAAUCUUCCCUCAAAUUUGGGAUUUUGAAGCUGAGAGCCUGUUUUGUGCUGCAUUUCUUCUCUAGGCCUUGAUUUAUUUUCUUCUCUUUUUGCGCUGGGCCCGGCCCGGCGGGAGGCCGUCCUGUCCAUCGCCGAACCUAACGGAGACGACGCGGGUGCUCUCUGUCCCAAGCCGCUGCUGUUACAUCAUGAUGUCGAGCCUGUUUUCGUUUGCUCGGCGUCCCUCGUGGCUUCGUCUUGCAUCGCUGGCUCCGGCCGAAAGUCACUACCGAGACGAGAUGAGACGACCCGUGUCACAAAUCGUUGGCCGAAUCACCGCCGCGUGCACCUCGCCGAACCACCACCGUGGCCAUCCUUUGCCAGGGAGCACCGCACCGGCCAUCCGUCUAGCCGAUUCCGAUGAAGUCCAUCCUGUGAAUUUAGUGUAUUCCCGAGGAUCUCCGUCUUCAUCUCUGUGUGCUCUGCCGCGGAAGCAUUCCAAAAACCUCAGCUCACUUCCUAGCCAGGCCACGCCACACCAAGUUACCAACCCUUUUUCUCUUCUGGGGAGGGAGAGAGGUCUGGAAGUAAUACGCUUCCCAGAUAUGGCACACUCAAAGGCCAGAGCCUUUGAGUUUGAUGUGUUCUUGAGUUUUAGUGGAGCGGAUACUCGUUUUGACUUCACAGACUUCCUCAAUAGAAACUUGAAUAAUGCCGGAAUCCACGUAUUCAGGGACGAAGAUGCAAUUGAGGUGGGUGAUAAGAUUGGCCAGACAAUUUUACAAGCUAUCGAUAACUCCAAAAUCUACAUACCCAUCAUCUCUCAUACUUAUCCUGACCGUGAAUGGUGUCUUAUCGAGCUUGAACACAUGAUGUACAAUGUGUUAAGGUCAAAUGACAAAAAAAGGAUUUUUCCCAUCUUUUAUAAAAUGGAACCUGGGCAUGUUAAACAUCGGACUCCACGCCCCAAAAAUCUUUCCUCCGAAGUCAAACUUAGGGCGUUCAAAGAGGCUCUUGCAAAGGUUGGUCAAAUCAAGGGAUGGAAGGUCGAAGAGGGACAAAGGUAAAACUACCUUUAAGAUGCCUGCCUAAUUCUUCCUUUUUUGGUUUUUGUUUUAGGGGAUAAAACACUGCCC